AUGAAGCUGAGUUUAUUAAACUCACUUUCAAUUGCAUUAUAUGCAUUUGGUACUGCUUCGGCAGUUACUGUUAACCCAUUGCCUGCUCCGAGACAAAUCAACUGGGGUAAUACUGGUCCCAAGCAAGUGGCCCAAUACUUGACUCUCUCUAACAAUGGCCCAUAUAACCAGAUCCUUCAUGACGCGUUUUCCAGAUGUAUGGACAAUAUGAACCUGAAAUGGACUCCGGCUGCGACUGAGGCUCCAAUUCCUAGUUUCGCGCCAUUCCCAACGGGUAUCCCCACUGUUGCAGAUUCUGGUAGUGGUCCUGUCACUGGAGCUAUUCCCAAUGCUAAGCGUUCUCAAGUCCAAAUGAAUUCUCCUAUGAUCAUUGGUGUCAAGCUUCAAAUCAAUGACUACAAUGCCGACUUGCAAUACGGAGUCGAUGAAUCUUACAACAUUACUAUCACUCAGAGCUCGCAGAUGAUUGAGAUCAGUGCCGUCACUGUGUGGGGUGCUUUGAAUGCUUUCAAGACCUUGCAACAAAUCAUUAUCGGUGGUCCCAGUAACACUCUCAUUAUUGAACAACCUGUUACUAUUGUUGAUGCUCCUCUAUACCCCCACAGAGGUAUCAUGGUUGAUACCGGUAGAAACUUUGUCAGUUCCAAGAAGGUACUCGAGCAGAUUGAUAUUAUGUCUCUCUCUAAGAUGAAUGUCUUGCACUGGCAUCUUGAUGAUUCUCAAUCAUGGCCCAUCCAACUUAACACCUACCCUCAAAUGGUUAGAGAUGCUUAUUCUCCCAGUGAACAGUUCUCGCAUUCUGAUGUUGCUAAUAUUAUCGCUUAUGCCAAGGCCAGAGGUGUUCGUGUUAUUCCUGAAGUUGACAUGCCUGGUCAUGCUGAUGCUGGAUGGAAGCAAGUUGACCCUAACGCUGUUGCAUGUUCCAACUCGUGGUGGUCAAAUGAUGUUUGGGAGUUUCACACUGCCGUUGAGCCCAAUCCUGGUCAAUUGGAUAUCAUGUACGAGGGUACUUAUGAAAUUGUUGAAAAUGUCUACAAGGAGCUCAGUGACAUGUUUUCUGACAACUGGUUCCACGUUGGUGCUGAUGAGUUGCAAACUGGUUGUUAUAACUUCUCUGCUUUGACUCAAGAGUAUCUUGCUGAUGGCCACACUUACAACGAGUUGCUUGAAUACUGGGUCAACCGUACCUAUCCUAUCUUCAGUGCUCCCAAAGAUCGUAGAGUUGUCAUGUGGGAGGAUGUUGUCUUAAGUACUCCCCAGGCUAGCAACGUUCCUACCAAUGUUGUUAUGCAAUCUUGGAACAAUGGUACUGGCAAUGUCAAGUUGUUGGCUCAAAUGGGUUAUGAUGUUAUUGUUUCCUCUUCUGACUUUUUAUACCUUGACUGUGGUUACGGUGGUUGGGUUACCAAUGAUGAUAGAUAUAACAUCCAAGCCAAUCCUGACCCCAGUGGAGCUACCGACAGUUUCAACUACGGCGGCAACGGUGGUUCUUGGUGUGCUCCUUACAAGACCUGGCAACGUAUUUACGAGUUUGACAUCACUUAUGGCUUGACUGACGAAGAAGCUACUCACGUCAUUGGCGCCGAAGCUCCUCUAUGGUCGGAGCAAGUUGAUGAUAAUGUUGUCACCAUUAAGUUCUGGCCCAGAGCUGCUGCUUUAGCUGAGCUCGUUUGGUCAGGUAACAAAGACGCCAAUGGUCAAAACAGAGCUACUGAAAUGACACAGAGAAUCUUGAACUUCAGAGAAUGGCUUGUUGCACUUGGAUACAGUGUCACUCCCCUCGUGCCUAGAUACUGUUCGCUGCAUCCACAUGCUUGUGAUCUUAAUUACAACCAGUCUGCAGUUUCUCCAUAG